GCCGCCGUUGGUCGGGCAAUCUAACGGUUUAAGCUUUGUGGGGCGUCUCUGUGGCGGCGCUGGAAACGAAAGAAUAGUGUUCCGUUGUGCCGAAACCGACCCAAACGGUAAAACAGGUGAGCCCGUCGGACCACAGAGAACCCACGGAACAGCGCGCCGUGUUACUCGAGGGACAUCGAAGCCGGGUGAAACCCUCCUGCUGUUAAGCCCUUUGCUGGAAGCGGCUUUCCCUCUUCCUCUUCCUCCUUAUCCACCGACCCACCGUCGUCCGUUCGCGGCCAACCGUCGCCUCCCCGGUUGAAGCAAGGUGGAUUUUCUAAUCCAUGUAUGAUACAAACAGUGCACAGGAAACUUCUGUUGUUUGAAGAGGGCGUUCUGCUUGAACAGCAUGGCGGAAGGAAAAGGAGACUUUAUUGAUGUUAAUGCCACAAAAGCUGUCUUGGAGCCUGAGAAGCUCAUUAAGGGUGGACUAUAUGUUCCUGGGAAGGAAAGGGUGAUGUUCAGACCUCCUCCUGAAAGGAAAUCCAUUUUGGGACUUGAUUUGAGGGCUCGUGAACAAAGGGAAUCAAAGACUGGCGAUGGAUUUAAGAUUCCUAAACCAAAGAAUGUUACUGCCAUGUCACUGGCAGAUGAUGAAGAGAAAGUUGGUCCUGCAAGUGCAGAGGAGGGCUCACUCCAUCAUCCUCAAGCAAAGCGUAAUCACAUUCACAGAAGUUAUAGGGGUUCACAUGCUGAAAGGUCAUCACAUCCAGAAAGUUAUGAAGCAGAGGAUGGUGAUGGGGAUUCAUCUGAGAAGGGUGGUGCAGAAGAACAUCAGCAUCCAAGAGUUAGGCAGGUGUUCCACGAACCGGCAGACUUCCAGGGUGUGCAAAUUGGGUGGUGUACAUACCUAAGUCCAUCCUGGAUCUGGCCCAUUUGUUGGUUCUGGACGCUUGCAACUUCUUCCAGCAUGCGGUCUUCAAUCGACUCAUUGAGGAGUACAAAAAAUUACAGGAUGGAUGACUCUCCUAGCAACAAAGGAUUCACCCCAAGAAAAGGUGAUUAUGAAGGAGAACAAACAGGUAAAAGAGAAUUACAUAGAAGAUAUAGCCAUGAAGAUAAAUAUUCCAGAAGACAUGGGGGGAAAAGAAGUAGAGAUGGACGUUCCUCAAGCAAGACAUCUGCCAAGUCUGAUUGGGAUGAUGGGAGAUGGGAAUGGGCGGAUACUCCUCGUAGGGACAAGUCUGUCACGCCUAGGCAUCAUCUUCAUUCACCUUCUCCAAUGUUUGCUGGAGCUUCUCCUGAUGCAAGGCUGGUCUCACCUUGGGUUGGAAGUAAUACACCUUAUGCAUCAAGACCAUCUGCUUCGCCUUGGGAUCAUGUAGCUCCUUCUCCAGUUCCUGUACGUGCAUCUGGAUCCUCCAUGAGAGUCACCAGCUCUCGUAAUGGUGGAAGGUCACAUAAAACUAUGUUAACUUCAGAAAAUUUGGAUUUUGGACACAGGGAAGCUGAUCAAAGUUCACUUGAUGGAGAACAAAGUGUUGAGGCUGUUGAAAGAAUGCGCGUAGAGAUGGAAUAUGCUGAGCGAGAUGCUGAUCGUGCAUGGUAUGAUAGGGAAGAAAGUGGAGCAAUGUUUGAUGCUGAAAGUUCUGCAUUCAUUCUUGAUGAUGAGACAUCAUUUAGAAAGGAGCGGGAGAUGCCCAAGAAAUUGAUAAGAAAAGAUGGAACAAAAAUGACACUUGCACAAAGCAAAAAAUUGUCCCAGCUCACUGCAGAUAAUGCACAGUGGGAGGAUCGACAACUUUUAAGGUCUGGUGCUGUUAGAGGAACAGAGGUACAAACUGAAUUUGAAGAUGAAGAUGAACGGAAAGUUAUACUUCUUGUUCAUGAUACUAAACCUCCAUUCUUGGAUGGCCGGAUUGUCUUCACAAAGCAAGCAGAGCCCGUUUUGCCAUUGAAGGAUCCCACAUCCGACAUGGCAAUAAUAUCUAGGAAGGGCUCUGCUCUUGUAAGGACGGUCCAUGAGAAGCAGAGUAUGAAUAAAUCACGUCAACGGUUCUGGGAACUUGCUGGGUCCAAACUUGGUGAUAUUCUUGGUGUUGAGAAGACAGCAGAACAGAUUGAUGCAGAUACUGCUGCAGUUGGGGAAGAAGGUGAAGUUGACUUUAAGGAAGGAGCAAAAUUUGCUUCACACAUCAAAGAUAAAGGUGAAGCUGUAAGCGAUUUUGCCAAGUCAAAAUCAAUAACAGAACAACGGCAGUAUCUUCCAAUAUAUUCAGUGCGUGAUGAGUUGCUCCAGGUGGUUCGUGAGAAUCAGGUGAUAGUUGUUGUUGGAGAGACUGGGUCUGGGAAAACAACUCAGCUGACACAGUAUCUUCAUGAAGGUGGAUACACAACAAAUGGAGUAAUUGGUUGUACCCAACCAAGGCGUGUAGCAGCAAUGAGUGUUGCAAAGCGUGUUAGUGAGGAAAUGGAAACUGAAUUAGGGGAUAAAGUUGGUUAUGCUAUUCGUUUUGAAGAUGUGACUGGGCCACAUACUGUAAUUAAGUAUAUGACUGAUGGGGUUUUACUGCGUGAGACACUAAAGGAUUCAGAUCUUGACAAAUACCGAGUGAUAAUAAUGGAUGAAGCUCAUGAAAGAUCACUAAGUACUGAUGUACUGUUUGGUAUAUUGAAGAAAGUGGUUGCACGGCGUCGUGAUUUCAAGCUUAUUGUAACAUCUGCGACAUUGAAUGCACAGAAGUUCUCUAACUUCUUUGGAAGUGUGCCGAUUUACCACAUUCCUGGGAGGACAUUUCCUGUGAACAUCUUGUACAGUAAAACUCCAUGUGAAGACUAUGUAGAAGCGGCUGUGAAGCAGGCCAUGACUGUUCACAUCACGUGUCCUCCUGGUGACAUCCUUAUAUUUAUGACUGGCCAGGAUGAAAUUGAAGCAACCUGCUAUGAGCUUGCUGAGCGCAUGGAGCAGCUUUCCUCUAAUGCAAAGAAGGCUGCUCCUAAACUCUCCAUUCUUCCUAUUUAUUCUCAACUGCCAUCAGAUCUCCAAGCUAAAAUUUUUCAGAAAGCAGAAGAUGGUACCCGCAAGUGUGUUGUUGCAACAAACAUUGCUGAGACUUCUCUUACUGUUGAUGGUAUUUUAUAUGUUAUAGAUACAGGGUAUGGGAAAAUGAAGGUCUACAAUCCUCGGAUGGGUAUGGAUGCACUUCAAGUGUUUCCAGUUAGCCGGGCUGCUGCUGAUCAAAGGGCAGGCCGUGCAGGGCGAACAGGGCCAGGCACAUGUUACAGAUUGUACACUGAGACAGCCUAUCAGAAUGAAAUGCUACCAAAUCCAGUGCCUGAGAUUCAGCGAACUAAUCUUGGGAAUGUGGUUCUACUGCUCAAGUCUUUGAAGAUUGAUAACCUUCUUGAUUUUGAUUUCAUGGACCCUCCACCUCAAGAGAACAUCCUCAACUCCAUGUACCAGUUGUGGGUGUUGGGUGCUCUUAGCAACACUGGCAAGUUGACAGAUCUUGGGCUGAAAAUGGUGGAAUUCCCGCUGGAUCCGCCCCUGGCAAAGAUGCUGUUGAAAGGGGAGGAACUAGAGUGCAUAAAUGAGGUUCUAACUAUUGUCUCAAUGCUCUCAGUGCCAUCGGUCUUUUUCAGGCCCAAGGACAGGGCUGAGGAGAGUGAUGCUGCAAGGGAGAAGUUCUUUGUGCCGGAAUCUGACCACCUGACGCUACUAAAUGUAUAUCAACAAUGGAAGGCAAAUGACUAUAGGGGUGACUGGUGUAACGAUCACUUUCUUCAUGUGAAAGGACUUAGAAAGGCAAGAGAGGUGAGGUCUCAGCUGUUGGACAUACUAAAGACACUCAAGGUACCGCUGACAUCAUGUGGACCGGAUUGGGAUGUUGUGCGGAAGGCUAUUUGCUCUGCAUAUUUUCAUAAUGCUGCAAGAUUGAAGGGCAUAGGCGAGUAUGUCAAUUGCAGAAGUGGAAUGCCUUGCCAUUUGCACCCAAGUAGCGCACUUUAUGGACUUGGAUAUACUCCGGAUUAUGUGGUGUACCACGAGCUGAUUCUGACAACGAAGGAGUACAUGCAAUGUGUUACCGCAGUGGAGCCACAAUGGUUAGCGGAGCUUGGGCCCAUGUUCUUCUCUGUGAAAGAGUCCGAUACUUCCAUGUUGGAGCACAAGAAGAAGCAAAAGGAGGAAAAGACAUCGAUGGAGGAAGAGAUGGAGGAACUUAGGAGGAUGCAGCUAGAGAAGGAGAAGGAAGACAUGGAGAGGGAGAAGGAAAAGCGAGCAAAAUACCAACAGAAAAUAUCGAUGCCCGGGACGAAACAGUCAUCUACAUAUCUAAGACCACCCAAAAGACUUGGUCUUUAGGUUUGAAAACCUGUUUGUAUAUUUACCUGACCAAGCGCAGGUGUAAGUAGUUCUUUUCGCCCCUAAAAAAGAAAAAAAUAAUCAAUGAGAAAUAUUUCAGCGGUGGGUGAAUUGGCGAAAGAAAUAAAGAAAUUUGUCAAUCACAUUUGUAGUAA